CUGCACCAACUUGAACAAGGCUUGAGUCGUUUGAUAUACUCUCCGACCUCCACCACCACAGCCCAGUCUCCGAUCCGUUAACGCACCGCAGAUUCAAAAAAUGAACGAUGCAGAUGUGUCCAAGCGGAUUCAGCAGAUGGUCAGAAUUCAAUAUAGAAAAGUUGCAAUUGGUAGAAGCAGAGAAAAAGAAGAUCAGACAGGAGUACGAGCGCAAAGAGAAGCAAGUAGAAGUUCGCAGAAAAUGUAAUCAUUUUAGCGCUUCAUACUCUUUUCCGUAUUAUAUGCAUGUCUACUUGUAUGUAACUGUGGAUUUGCUUUUUGUAGUUGCUAUGCAUUUUGUGGAAUGCCACUUCAUAAUCAGAGCUGUAAAAGAAACUAAGGAAGUUACUUCAGCUUUACUUGUGUUUGGAUCUUUGAAAUUUCUUUUGCACAAAUGAUAGGUAUACCCCCACCAACCACACCAUCUCACAUAUGUGCGGGUCCCACAAUUAUAUGCGUGGGGACCACACAUAUGUGAGAGGGGUGUGGUUGGUGGGUGUGUAUGUAGCAUUGCUUCGUUAGAACGAAAAAGCUAGAACCCAUUUGAAGGUCACUAUUUCCCUGAAUUCUGAACAUGGCUGGCACUGGGACAGUACGAUUAUAUGCACUCUAGGGCUGUCUAAAAAGCAAGGAAUUUGAGUUUGAAAACAUUUUGAAGCUCGUUAAGUUUGCAUAACCUCUUCGUCUCCUUUGGAGCCUAGUUCUGUCCACUGUCCAGCAUGAUUUUUGUGCAGUGGACUAAGGUGAUUAGGAGUGUACCAUGGUGAGAGAAAUUUAAAUCUUAUGAAAUGGCAUCCGUAAUAAGAAUAAAACCAACACUUCCAUCUCGUGCAAACUAUCCACCAUAUUCAAGAACUAUGGACAAUCUUCAACAUAAUUUUUUUUUGUGUAAUCUAUACUACUCAUUGCUU